UGCCCCAUAAUGUUGGAUGCCAACCGCCGAUAAACCCCACUGAAGAAGAAUAACUCUUACCCUCGUGCAGAAGAAAGAACAUGGAGACAGCUGGGAAGGUGAUCAAGUGCAAGGCAGCAGUAGCCUGGGAGGCUGGGAAACCUCUGUCCAUUGAGGAGGUGGAGGUGGCCCCACCGAAGGCCAACGAAGUGCGCAUCAAGGUCUUUGCGACAGGGGUGUGUCACACAGAUGCCUACACCUUGAGUGGCAGUGACCCCGAGGGACUUUUCCCUGUCAUCCUGGGUCAUGAGGGCGCCGGGACAGUCGAGAGUGUGGGAGAGGGAGUCACCAAGUUCAAACCAGGUGACACCGUCCUUCCACUGUAUGUGCCACAGUGUGGUGAGUGCAAAUUCUGCAAAAACCCCAAGACCAACCUCUGCCAGAAGAUCAGGAUAACCCAGGGCCGGGGUCUGAUGCCUGACAACACCUCGCGGUUCACCUGCAAGGGCAAGCAGCUUUACCACUUCAUGGGGACUAGCACCUUCUCUGAGUACACAGUGGUGGCCGACAUCUCUGUGGCCAAGGUGGAUGAGAAGGCCCCCCUGGACAAGGUGUGCUUGCUGGGCUGCGGCAUCUCCACGGGCUACGGAGCUGCCCUCAAUACUGCCAAGGUUGAGCCUGGCUCCACCUGUGCCAUUUUCGGCAUGGGAGCCGUCGGCCUUGCCGUCAUCAUGGGCUGCAAGGUUGCCGGGGCGACCAGGAUCAUCGGCGUAGACAUAAACCCAGACAGGUUUGACAAGGGCAAAGAGUUCGGGGCCACCGAGUUUGUGAACCCCAAGGACCACAGCAAGCCCAUCCAGGAGGUGCUGGUGGAGAUGACCGACGGUGGGGUGGACUACUCCUUUGAAUGCAUCGGCAACGUGGGCAUCAUGAGGGCAGCUCUGGAGGCGUGCCACAAAGGCUGGGGCGAGAGCAUCAUCAUCGGGGUGGCAGGCGCGGGACAGGAGAUCUCCACACGUCCAUUCCAGCUGGUUACCGGCCGUGUGUGGAGGGGCACAGCAUUUGGAGGCUGGAAGAGUGUGGAGAGCGUCCCCAAACUAGUGACUGACUACAUGAACAAGAAGCUGAAGGUGGAUGAGUUUGUGACCCACACCUUGCCCUUUGACCAGAUCAACGAGGGCUUUGACCUCAUGCACGCUGGAAAGAGUAUCCGUACCGUCCUGAAGUUCUGAAGUCCCUCCCUGCCAUGUUGAGCCUCACACUCAGCUCCGGCCCUUAUAAAACAAUCACCUUUCAUACACUGUAGCACUUAAUGUCAUUCAACUUUCAGAAUUAGAUCUCCAGUCCAGUUGUGUACAUAUGUGGCACUGUCCAUGUCAAUUAGAAUCAAUAAAAUGUGUCAAAAAGCA